GUCUGCUAGAUCGCUACGUUUACGUUUACGCAUGGAAUCAUUCCUGCUGCGUGCCGUUCUCGCGUUUGCCUUGCGAUAUCCGGCAAAAGUACGCAUGCGCGAACUGUAGAGAAGCUAUUAAUCUGCAAAGUGCGUAAACCGUCCCUAUAAACGCCACGCCCACACAAGCACGGAUGACGCCGCACACGUCACACGUACCACAAUAUUCAAAAAGGCUAACGCCUAGGCACGAAUCACAGUAUUAGCACAGCAAGAAGCGUACCUGAAGAUAUCUCUACAAACCCCGCGCUGUACUCAGCAGCUAAGAGAAGUUCGUUUGGAUUCCGGGGUUGGCACAUGGACGUUUUUGGCCAAGUCAAAGGUGGUCAAUAUUGUACCUUUUUCAAGGUUAGAAAUGUCUAAUCAAUUAUGUCGCUAUUUGGCUUGUAACUCAUCAAUUGGAAUUAGUUACAGCAAAGGAGCCUGAGGAAAGCCUUAAAACUAUUAUUGAUGUAGCUAUGAAGCACUUUUCUCGGAACCUGCUUCUUUCCAGCACCAAUUCUUCCAUUCAGUUGGUGCAAAUAGUGCAUAAACAUUCUACAGAAAGCGAGGUAGAAGUGCUCUCUGUGUCUGAAGAUCAACUAAUUUUUUCUAAUGUCAGGGAUUAUGACAUCAAAUCAAUAUUUUUCCAGAUCAACAUUCCAACAGGGCCUUAUCAGCCCUCAGCAUUUGCCAUAAUGUCAGCUCAAAGAGAUACAAUCAUAACAAUUCAUCAGCACACCCUCAAACUGGAGCCAGUUGGUGAAUUAUCAGCACUCUCUCUUGAGCUAUCACGUUAUCAUCUUCAAAUGUUGGGUCCAAGUACAAACUGCUACCUUAGUGCAAAAGAGGAAACGUGUGCUCAGUGUAACUUGGUUCGACAGCCCGGAGGUGCAGCAGACAUAAUACAGAAUGGAAGACCAGCUCGUUUACAAUUCAAGAACAUAAGUUCUAUGCUGGCUUAACAUUCUCUUGGACUAAGAGUUAUGUCUGAAUGUGUAAUUGUAUUGGAUAUUAAGAAUUUGUGAGAUCUUAAGAUGGAAAUACCUGACCACCUUUUCAUCCUUGGAUACCUGGCUUAUACUUUUUUUUUGACCAUAGGGUUAAUGACUAUAGACAGUUGGACAGUAUUGGGCAAACCGUUUAUCAUUAGGCAUUUUACCACUAUGAAGUCAGAAGUAGAAGUGAAUGGCAUGCAAUUACUUUCCAGACACAUAAAUGGUUACUGAACUCCAAAAAAUAUUGCAAUGUUACACAAUAAUGUUUGCACAGUAUAUACUACAAUUCCUCGCUCGCAUCAGUGUGUGAAAUAGACAAACACUGACCAACAUAUCAGCCUACCUUGAAGGGUGAAAUAGCUGACC